UAAGCAAAGAUAUUUGAAAAUUCCGAUACGCCUGUGCGAGCUAUGAAGCUUCGUCAGUGAUACGAAGUAUUGUGUAUGUGUUGGAAAGUCUGUAUAUAAUGGAUACAUACGAAAGCGUAUUGUUAGUUAAGUCAGAAGUUUUUGUGUAUAAGUUGCCUCCAAGGACAACAAAUAGAGGUUACAGGGCAGCUGACUGGAAUCUAAAUGAACCUCAAUGGACAGGUCGUAUGAGAUUGGUGUCGAAAGGAAAUGAUUGUAUUUUGAAGCUGGAAGAUAAAAAUACAGGCGAAUUAUUCGCAAAAUGCCCCAUUGAUGCUUAUCCUGGAAUUGCAAUAGAGGCUGUUUCAGAUUCUUCACGCUACUUUGUCAUUAGAAUUCAAGAUGACAGCGGAAGGGCAGCUUUUAUCGGACUUGGAUUUAGUGACAGAUCUGACAGCUUUGACAUGAAUGUUGCUCUACAGGAUCAUUUCAAAUGGCUCAAAAAAUCGGAAGAAAUUGAGAAGGAGAAAGAAGAUCCAAAACAAGAAUUAGACCUUCGCUUCAAGGAGGGGGAAACAAUAAAAAUAAACAUGAAAAUAACUAAGAAAGAUGGGACUGAAGUAUCAAGUAGGCCAAAGCCUCGUGGUGUUGGUGGCAACAGCACAGGUAUCCUCCCACCUCCUCCUGGUGGAGUUAAAAUCGGGCCACCACCAGGAGCUCCAGCAAAUGCGUCACGAGUGACGCCUGUUUCUUCUCCAUCUCAUCAGCCGAGACCUACUGCUGGAAAUGAUCUUCUGUGUGAUUUGCCUGUUUCAUCAUCUCAUGGUGCAACACCUCCAGAAGCUAACUGGGGUGAAUUUGCUGCAGCAGGUACAACACAACCAAGUCCUUCCCAGUCCAGUGCAAAUUCCAAUUGGGUCCAAUUUUGAGAAGAUCUGCCUUCAGAGAAACAGCAGCUUGAUGUUGAAUGGAUCGUGGUUCAUUCAUAACUUAAAAUAAACAUGAUUAGGAUAAUUUAUAGCUAAAAAUAGCUAUCUUAGUGUAAUAUUGUGAAGGGAAUCUAUCACACAGAUGAAAUAUAAUCUGAUACAGUGUUAAUAAAAUUACAGGAAGAAUUGUUAUAAAGUUGAAAACCUAUUGAAAAAAUUAAAUUAUAUUUUAUGUGUUAAAAUUCAGUUUUGUAUGUUUAGAGAGAUAUAUAUUUACCUGUGUAUAUACACACAUACGUACAUAAAAAUUAUAGUGUUGCUGUCUCACAUGAGUAGAAAAUUUAUGGUUAUACAAUCGAUAUGGCUGUUACGCUAAACUGUGGAAAUUUUUGAAAAAUAAUUGAUAGUUGAGUUACUUUAUUACAGUUGGCAGUUAAAUAUCAAGGGGAAAAAUUGUUAAUAAAGAUCACAUAUGAAAAACUAAUAGUUAUAUAGCUUCAGUUUGUAUUUUAGCUUCAGUUUAUUCUUUCUGCAGAGAGUAAUCAUAUUCAAAACAGAAAACUUGAAGGAUAAAAUGAAAAAUCAUGUCAGUGCUUCUUGCUUUCUUCCAUUUCUGUUAAAUUCUCGCAGUACGGUGCAGGCAUUUGGUGAAGUAUCUAUUAUGAUUACUGCUAAAAAAGAUUAUGUGAAUCUUUUGUUUUCGCUCCCCUGUUGGCUAAGAUCGUUACUGUAUCCGAAAUAUGCUCAGUGUACACAUUUGUUAUGGAAUACAAAAUACAAUCAUUUUUAUAGUUUUUAAACAUCUUCAUCUGCAUCUACAUUAUUACUUUGGCAUAAUAUUAUAUAAUAAAGUAUACUCCAGAAAAUUAUUUUCAGACUUUCAGAUAUUGACUUGCUUUAUAAAUUAUUCGUACAAGAACUGGAGAUCUGCAUUAAUGAAGCAAGCACUGAAAUUUUGAAACAGUGAUAAUUGUCUGAUUACAAUCCUCAAUAUAUAUUUAACCACCAUUGUACCCAGAAGAGAUCGAAAAUAAAAGCCUAUUGUGUGUUCGUGAGCACACACUAGUUUUCUGUCAAUUCUUGUAAAAACAUAAAUAUCUUUAAAAUGGUGCUGUUGUUAUUGCUUUGCUGUAGAAUUUGUAUUCUUUGUUUAACAACGGAACCAGUGGUGAAAUAAUAAUCAUUUUGACAUUGCUGACAGUAGCAAUUGAUUUUUGUAACACUGGGUGACAUGCUAUAAAAUUACUGCUUCAACUUUGUUUAAAAAUUAUUAUGUUUGCACAGUAGGCUUUCACCUGAUUUUGAAAAUGUACACGCUACUUACAAGCGUAACAGGAUAAAGAUUACUUGACAAUAUUGAUUUCAUAUUACAAAAACAUUUUCAUAUCAUCCUGUACAAUAUCAUACUAGAUGUCAACUUGAAAAUGUUACUAUAACAUGUUACAAUAUUAAUCAUUGAAGCUUUGUAAUGUAAAACAUUAGUUUUAACUAAGUCAUAUCUUAUGUCACACUGUUGUUCUUGUCAAAUAUUUACAUUACUGACAUCUUGUGAUGUAGUUUCCAGCGGAGGUUUGCCAUAGGGUCAAAUAACUGGGGUGACCUCAAUAACAAAUUACUGUUGUUCCAACCAGGUAUCUUCACUGCACACUUUUGAUUGCAGCAAUUGCUCCAUGAAAAUGGAAGUGUCACACAGUGAUGCAUUGAAUUGAGGGUUCCUAAAAUGAAAAAUAGGGGACACAUUUACUUAAGAAUUGUAUUGUACAGGUUGGUUUCAGAGAUCAGUAUUGAAGUCGUAAUGUAUGAAUAACAGUUCUGAUGCGUCAGGUGGUUUGCCUUUCAAGUGGUGACAGCGGAAGCUGCAAAAAUGAAUGACAAGAAAAGUUCAAAGAUACGAAACAGGCAGGUGCUAGCAGAUAAGUAAUGCAUGGGUACAUUGAAGUAAGAUUUAUGCAGUUGGCAGUAAGAACAACCAGAACUGGUGAUUACUUGAGAUAAGGUGCAGAUUUAAUUUACCUACAGCUUGGGAAAUUUGUUCAAGAAAAAGCUACUCUGGUAUGGUACACCUCUUAAGUUUCACUGGAAACUGUGUAAUGGAGUCCAUGUAUGUCUACCAGAUAGUCUGCAGUGGUAUUAAAAUCUCUUUUUACAAUCCGUAUGCCCUCGCAAUGCAGGGGUAAGAAUGGAUCAUCUUGGCUAUACAAGAAAAUAUUACUGUGACCAGCAACUUCACCCCCAAUAUCAGUAAGUCAGCUAUAAUCUCUAUGGUUCUGAAAUCUGAGUCAAAUGGGCUGAAAUAUUAACGAAUGAUUCUCUCACUUUCUGUUUUUGUUGUAACAGCCAGACAUUCCCUUGCAGUACUAGUGGACAGUGUGAAGUACUCAUAUUUGGGGCACAAUUCUGUUGAUUUUGUGAUAAGGUGACAUUUUGCUAGUAAUGCUAAUAAAAUGAUUGGCUGUAUUGCUUUGCAAGGAACACAUCCUUUUACUUUCCUCUGGUGCUAGUCAGUGGAAAUAAUAAUCAUUGUUUUAGUGUUACUUAGUUCUAUCUUUGCCUUGGAGCAUGUAACAUCUGUGUGCGUGUUUGCCCUAACAGUACUUGUAAUUGAAGGUAGAAUACUCUUGGGCACAGAUGAGAGGCAGAACUCUGUCUGUUUUAACCCCUAUAUGUUUUUGCAUUUUACCCCCUAUAUUUUUGCAUUUUGUGCAGUGUGGCAGGAGUUGAUAUUUCAAAAUCAUCCCUAUAAUUUAGUGAUUAAUUUUUUUGUAUGUGAAAACACAAGUCAAACAUUAAAAUGGAUCUCGCACAUGGUGAAUCUUCCUCGCCAUGCUCCAAGAUGUCUUAGUCUGACAGGUCGUGACUCUCAUUUUGGUUGUUGUUACUGUCUACAAAAAACAGUGGUGUCCUUCAUGCCUUAUUGUACAGAUUAGAACAAAAUGAAGUUUAGUGGUUAGGAUACUGAACAUAAAUAGGACUCUUAGUUACCUCCGUUGUCUGCAGAACUAAUAAUUUACUUGUGUGACUGAAUUGCUUUGUGCUGUGAGUACAAUGAGGGAUGCAUUGGUAUGUAAUUAUCAUUUUUGUGUAUGUGCCUGCAGUUUGGAUGUGUGGAGAUAGGAGUAACGUUUUUCAAUGUUUAAAAUAAUAAUUGUACUAUAAUUUAUAAUGAUUGUUUCUGGUGGACACAUUCUAUAUAUCUUAAUAGACUGAGUUUGUUUCGGGAAACAUUGUUGUUACUACAGUUUUUUGAUACAUACCUUGACUAAGAGCUGAAAAUUAGGUAAUUUAUUUCUUUGUAGGUAUUGUCUUUGUUGGUUCAGUUCCUGUGAAUUCUUAUACCUAUAUCUAGUGCUUGUAUACUGUGGCAGUGGCCUAGUUUUUGUGUGGCUGCUACGAAAAAGUUAAGUUUUCUAAAGAGUUACUUAAAUUUUGCUAUAUAUUGAGAACUAUGUUAUUGAACAGUAGCAAAUAACCAGUACAGUCACGUGUAUCGCAGGAAGAGGUUCUUCUUCCCCCAUUUUUAUUUUCUAUUCUCCCAGUUACUUUGAAUGUAUUUGAUGGUACCAUUGUAUGUUUCCUAUGAUUGGUUAUGUAUCAAGCACUCCUUGCUGGGGCAAAAGUUGUCUUUUUUAAUAACAGAUUUUCUUUUCAAAUCUCAACUCACAUUCCAUACUAAAUGUGAAAAGUGCUGCACUUAUGUCUAGUCACUGAUAUUUAAUCAUGUAAACGAACUGCUUUGUAAUUAUGUGUUCACAAGUGUUUUAAAUACAUUUGAUAAUAUACUGUAUAUCAAUCAUUUUAACACUGAUGGCCUACAAUAGGUAUGUAUGUGUUUGCAUGUAAAGCUUGUCAAUCUAUAUUAAUAAAUGUGUGAUGGUUAUGAGUUCAAGAAUAAAAUUAUAUUCCUGUUGCGUUGAGUCUUGCAGCUAUAAUGUAAUAAAUGAACAACUUAUUCUGUGUAAAUCAGUGGUUCAGUCAUAUGCAACACAAGUUUACAAUCAUUUGAAAGAAUUAAAGGUUUUGUUUAUUAUAAAUGAUAAAAAAUUUUGAUUUGUACUGUCAUUUUAAUAUAUGAUUACUUAAUGUACCCUCAAAAAAUAAGCCUCACUGCAAAAAUAAACAGAUAUUUGUUUGUUA